CUUAUACGACUUAUUUAAACUGCAAUCGUUGUGUUUUAAUUAUAGACUUUAUUAUAAUAUUGAAUAUGUAUAAGAGUGUAUAAUAAUGGCCAAUGCAGUUGAUUUUUUAUAUAUUCGUUAUAAAGCGGAGGAAUAUUGGUUUAAUAAUGGAUAUUCUUCUUAGUAGUGUGUCCAAGAAUUUGGUGUAGCAGAUGUUCAGAUUAGUAUAUGAUGUACGAUGUGUGAGAAGCGAUCAACUGAAGAAGGUUGCGACACGUUAUCAGUAAAUAACUUUGAACGAGAUAAAUUAAAAUGAAGACCUUAGGAAAUAAAUCAAUUUCACGCAGUUUUCGAGCAGUCGAACACGAGUAAUGAACAGCAAAAUGUGGUACAAUACUUUAAUCUUUAGUGCACUAUUUUUAAGUGUUAAUUGUCUUACGACGAAUAGUACAACAGAUGUAGAUGUGUCCUCGUUUGCGGAGGAAAUUAUGUUAUGGGCAAAUUCCAGUCAGACAUCGGAAUUGUUUAUGGACAUAAUCCAAAAUUUGAAAUUUCCAACGGAACUUCAGAACAGCGACUUCAAAACACUUGCAGCAGGACUGUAUAUUCCAAUAUGUACAAUCUGUACAGGAACUCUAAAAGCGUUUAUAGAUUUACGACGUAAAGGAGAAUCUGAAGAGAAUAUAAGAAAUAAUGUAAUUAAAUUAUGCGUACUUUUAAACAUUCAAAAAGAAGAAGUUUGCAGAGGAGUCGUCGAUUUGAACUUGCCCAUUAUUCUCUACAUAGUAGAUUCUAGACCAAAUUUGGAAGCAAGCACGAUGUGCGGUGUUGUCCUAGAAUCGAAAUCCUGCCCGUUGAAUGAUACUGAAUUUGAAUGGAGCAUUGAUAUUACUAAUAAUACUCAUACAACGAUUAUUGAAAACAACACGCAAGAACAAAUAAAAGUUUUGCAAUUAUCGGAUAUUCAUUACGACCCACUCUACGAGCCGGAUGGUAACACGAAAUGUGGGGAACCAGUUUGCUGUCGAAAGGGUCAAAAUAAGACGGAUGUGACAUCAGCGGCUGGCUUCUGGGGAGACUAUGAUUCCUGUGACACCCCGUGGCACGCAAUCGUUGAUGUUAUAAAUCACGCGAAAGUGACGCAUCAAGAUAUCGAUUUUGUUUAUUUUACCGGAGAUAUAAUAGAUCAUGGUGUGUGGGAAACCAGCAAAGAAGGAAAUAUACAAAGUCUUCGAAAAAUUUAUAAUGAAAUUCAUGACGUCUUUAAUGAUACAGCAGUAUAUCCUAUAUUUGGAAAUCAUGAACCAAAUCCUCUAAAUCAAUUCGCGCCUCAAAACAUAACACAAGAGAAUUUAACUACAAAUUGGGUGUACGAAUUAUUAGCAGAUCUAUGGAUCGCUUAUAAGUGGUUACCAGAAUCUACACGUCCUACAAUAUUGAAAGGAGGAUAUUAUACUGUUACACCUAGAAAAGGAUUCAGAGUUAUCGCUUUAAACAGUAACGUCUGUUAUUCCUACAAUUGGUGGCUUUGGUAUACUCCAAGGGAUCCCGAUGAUCAAUUACAAUGGCUGGUGAAUGUCCUUUCUGACGCUGAGAAAAAUAAUGAAUUCGUACAUAUUUUAUCCCAUAUACCUGCUAAUAGCAACAGCUGUUUAAGUACAUGGAGACGAGAAUACUUAAGAAUAAUCAAUAGAUUCACCCAUAUAAUUAAAGCCGAAUUCAAUGGGCAUACUCAUAAUGAUGAAAUAGCAAUAUUUUAUAAUUCCGAUUCUAAAGUGAUAAAUGUUGCUUGGAACGGUGGUAGCGUAACAACUUAUACAAAACUGAACCCGAAUUAUAAAGUUUAUACAGUGAAUUCUAGUAAUUACGCUGUAACUGAUUACGAAAAUUGGAUGUAUGAUCUUGGUUCUGCUAAUAAACAUAACGAUACGACACCAGCCUGGUACGUAUCAUAUUCUUUUAAGAAAGAAUAUAAUCUUCCAGAUCUAUCUGCCAACUCUUUAAAUAAUUGGCUAUAUGAGACACUAAGAAAUGAUACAUUAUUGGAUAAAUAUUACAGGAAUUUUUAUAAACUAGCACAACCUUCAUUGGUAGCAAGUUGUGAUGUCAAUUGUAAACGAGAGCUCCUACAUCGUGCAAUUGUAGGAAUUGAGCCGUCUAACAUUAUGAAAAACGUAGCUCACAUCGGUGAGCUGUGGUUGGGAUGGGCAUUAGCAUCUGUGAUCGGCCAGGCUAUUAAUACUUCCUGGACCAGGUCUUUGUGAGCUAUAACACCAGAAAACAGUGCGUGCGAAGAUAAUGUUCGCAGGCUUCAUGUAUUCGUCAUAUAAAUUCUACUUAAUUAACAAUUACAAAUUUAUUGCUAACAUUAAUGAGUUUCAAUGGUUCGCAAAUCUAACCAUUUUAUUACUGGUGUGCGAUAAAGCUUAUCUGAUGGAAUUUUGUCUAAUAUACUAAUCUGAAAAGAAAAUAAUAAAAUUAUUGUAUGAUACUGUAAAAGAUAAA